AUGUCAUAUUGCAGCCAGGCUGCCUGGUUACAGAAUACAAUUGUCCGGAAAGCAAUAUGCAGAGUUGCGUCUGAAGAUGAGUUUGACGGCGAUUGGUACAGAACAGGGAUUGAAGCCUGUGCUCUGGACGAAGACAUCAAGCUCCUACCACUUGGAGAUGACACUAUGUUAGGGAGUAGGGAGGUCACUUUGAGUGGCGGACAGAAACAACGCAUGGUUGUGUGGCUUAAUGGCGUACUAAGUUCUAUUUAUGCGAAGGCAGAGUCAAGGGUGGUUACAAAUCUAUUCGGGCCAACAGGAUUGCUUCGUCGAACAGGAUCGACGGUCAUUAUGGUUACUCACGCAGUUCAUCAGUUGCACCUUGCGGAUCAAAUUAUCGCGCUAGAUUCAUCCGGGCGUAUUAUCCAGAAGGGUCCCUGGGAGGAAUUCAGAAAAGUCAUGAUCAAAGGUUUGCAGAGUGACACCAUGACAGAUAUCAGCGUGGUAAAAACGGCCGUAGAACCCGAGCAAAAGAAGCCACUGCCCAAAUCUGUCAUAGGACCAACAGCAAAUGACUUUGCCGACUUGAGUCAACGUACGGGUGAUCUGUCUGUAUACAAGUUCUAUGUCAACUCGUUUGGAUGGAAACUUUCUCUAGCUAUGUUGGCAACGGUCAUCAUGGUUGCAAUCACCACGUAUUUUCCGCAUGUUUGGUUGCAGCUGUAUACAGCUGGUGCGGUAAGACAUGUCUCAUUGUUCUGUUCCGUGUAUUCCGUUGUAGCGCUAUCUGCUAGGAUUGUAUUCAUACAUCUAAUCCCUAAAUCAGGGGGAAGCCUUCAUAAGACACUGCUUCAGACUGUGAUACGGGCACCUCAGUCUUAUUUCGACAAGACAGACAGUGGUACAAUACUAAACCUCUUUAGCCAGGACAUGACCCUGGUCGACUCAGCAUUGCCCAUUUCCAUGAUAAUAACUCUCCAAGGUCUCGCAAAUGGACUAGCCCAGAUAGGACUGAUUGCAUCCGGAUCCAGCUACAUGGCUUUAACUAUUCCAGUCCUUCUUUGUCUGCUUAACCUUCUACAGAACAUGCGACUUCUUGAUUUGGAGGCUAAAAGUCCGCUUUACACCCAUUUCAUGGAGACACUCGAGGGACUAGUUACAAUCCGCGCAUUUGGCUGGCAACAGGAGUUUAACGAGAUCAGCAAUGCCCUCCUGAACAAUUCUCAAAGACCAUACUAUCUGCUGUAUUGCAUUCAACGCUGGCUUAACCUGGAACUUCGGCUUCUUAUCGGCUCUCUGGCCAUCAUCAUGGUUACGUUGGCAGUAACUCUUCGGGGCUCCACAUCGGGAGGCCAGAUUGGUAUAGCACUGAACGGGAUGCUUGGGUUCAACGCGACGCUGGAGAUGUUGUUCAUGUUCUGGACAUCCCUCGAGACUUCACUUGGAGCAAUUGCAAGGCUUAAGAAUACCGCGCAAUAUACACAGACAGAAGCAGAAGGUGACCAAUACCCACGUGCAGAAUGGCCGGAAUCUGGCGAGGUUGUCUUUCGAGGUGUAUGUGCCUCUUAUGGACCAGAUGCUCCUGCCUUGACAGACGUCACACUCACAGUACCACCUGGUAUGAAAGUCGGCAUCUGUGGCCGGACAGGCAGUGGGAAAAGCUCUCUGCUCUCCACUUUACUUUGCAUUCUUGACCUAGAUGCAGGAGAGAUCCUCAUAGAUGGGUAUAACAUACACCAGCUUCCCCGAAACACCGUACGUUCUCGUAUGAUCUCAAUUACGCAAGAAGCAUUCUUCCUGAGUGCUUCUGUACGCGAAAAUGCAGACCUCAGCCAGUCCUCAACAGACGACGUCAUCCGUUCAGCACUGAUUCAGACUGGUCUAUGGACCACAAUCAACAACAAGGGCGGCCUUGACGCCGAUAUGAAGAAUAUGUCCCUGUCCCAAGGUCAGCAGCAACUGUUUUGCCUGGCGCGAGUCAUCAUAAAAAAGAAUAAAUCACGGAUUCUAGUCCUGGACAAAGCGACUAGUGGCAUGGACAAUGAAACUGAUAAGCUAAUGCAAGAGGUUCUAGGGACGGAAUUUACAGAUCAUAUGGUUAUUACAGUGGCUCAUCGCUUGGAUGCUAUUUUGGACUCGGAUUUGAUUGCUGUGUUGGACCAGGGACGCGUGGUGGAAUAUGGUCCGCCAAGUCAGCUUUUGUCGCGUCAGUCACUGUUUCAGGAGCUUUGCAAUCAGUGA